GAGGAGCUUUUAUUGAGAUAGAUUUUUGAAUCGUCAAGUUGUCUAAAGUUUCCAUCGUAGGAAACAAAUACAAUGAAAGAAAGCUUCCAAAGCUCUUAGCCGUAGACCCAAAUCAAGCGGCUCAACAACUAUAACACCACCACCACCCUUGCAUUCUACAUAUUUAUCUCGAAUCACCCCCCAUUGAUUCAAAAUUUCCCCAUCUCAAAUCCUCCGUCAAUAGGGACCUUCAGAGAGUAUUGGGAACACAGAACAAACCCUUUUUCUCUAUUUCAUUUUUGUUGCUGAUUGAUUCAAGAAGAAGAUUGCUAAACCUCUGCAGGUUGGGGAGUUUCUUGGCUUCUUCUAAUGGGUGUCUGCUUAAGUACUAGAAUCAAAGCUGAAAACUCAUUUAAUACAGGGGUGAAUUCUAAUGCUGUGAGUACUGAUGGGAAUGAUAUUGGUAGUACAAAUAGCAAGAUCACUUUGUCCUCAAUGCCACCAACUCCACGAACUGAAGGCGAAAUCUUGCAGUCCUCCAAUUUGAAGAGCUUCAGCUUCACAGAGCUUAAAGCAGCCACCAGGAACUUUCGUCCAGAUAGUGUUGUAGGAGAAGGUGGCUUCGGUUCUGUUUUCAAGGGCUGGAUUGAUGAGCAUUCUUUUGCUGCAGCCAAACCCGGCACCGGAAUGGUUAUUGCAGUCAAAAGGCUCAACCAAGAUGGUUUUCAAGGGCACAGAGAGUGGUUGGCUGAAGUGAAUUUUCUAGGUCAACUUUCUCACUGUCACCUUGUGAGGUUGGUUGGAUAUUGCUUGGAGGAUGAACAUCGUUUGCUAGUUUACGAAUUCAUGCCUCGAGGGAGCUUGGAAAAUCAUUUGUUUCGAAGGGGAUCCUAUUUCCAACCUCUUUCUUGGAGCCUACGUUUGAAGGUUGCACUUGGUGCUGCAAAGGGGCUAGCCUUUCUCCACAGUGAUGAAAGAAAAGUGAUCUACCGUGACUUCAAGACCUCGAAUAUCCUUCUUGACUCUAAAUACAAUGCCAAACUUUCAGAUUUCGGGUUAGCUAAAGACGGGCCAACCGGUGAUAAAAGCCACGUCUCGACCAGGGUGAUGGGGACUUAUGGCUAUGCAGCCCCGGAGUAUCUGGCUACAGGUCAUCUAACUACUUGGAGUGAUGUGUAUAGCUUUGGAGUUGUCCUACUAGAAAUAUUAUGUGGAAGAAGAGCAAUCGACAAGAAUCGACCAGCUAGGGAACACAAUCUUGUGGAAUGGGCAAAACCUUACCUUGCAAACAAACGUAAGAUUUUUCGAAUCAUCGACAGUCGUCUUGAGGGCCAAUAUUCAUUGGAUGGAGCCUACAAGGCAUCUAUGCUCGCGCUAAGAUGCCUAUCUAUUCAACCCAAACUCAGACCAACCAUGAAUGAUGUUGUAAAAGAGCUGGAGCAACUACAAGAUUCCGCAUACCCUACUAGCAACAGGAACUCAACCAAUAACCGUCGAGCUCGAAGGCACAGUGCUGAUGAUGCCCGUAAUCCCAAUAGCACUCAAGCUUACCCCCGGCCUUCAGUUUCAGCUCUCUAUGCAUAAGAUUGUGAUCAGGCAACUAGAAUUAGAUGGUUUGCAACAAAACUGAGGAACUUAGCAGAUGCAUUCCAAUGUACAGAAACUGUACAGUUUUCGUCGUCAUCCCUCUGUGGUGAUUCUCGGGUUGGUUCGUACACAAGUAAUGGUUUGUUUUGAAUUCUUUGAUUACUAAUGUAUGAUUUCUCUGAUAAUUACCUACGAAUCUAAAUCGAUAACUGAAGUUCCAUCUUGUCGCUUUCGUUGCUGCUGAAGUCGAGAUGGGGAAGCAUAUACAUCAAGAUUUUACUUGCUGAUUCAAUUUUUAUUCUGUAAAGAAGUUGCACGGUCGAGCGUUUUUUUUUAUUCCUUUUUUUUUUCUCUCCUUUUUUUCUAGUUGGGAAAGGGAAAAGAAACUUACAAAGGGAAACUUGAAUGUAGUAGAUCACUGAUGAGCAAUAAUGGGAUUUACCUGCUUUCAAAUUUGUUCACGAGGUAUGGAAAGUCCAAAAGAUUUUGGUUGUAUUCAGCAAACACAUUUGUUAUUAGCAAGUGUAAAAAAAAAAAAAAAAAAGGACAUUAAAUAAUAUUGUGCAUCUGGAUUGGGAUGAGUUUUUCAUA